GUAUAAUGACGAAAAUUUACAGAUUGCGAGUGGGUCAAGUGUAAUUGUCAAGAGAGUUCCAGCUGGAACGAUGCCUUCAGCUGCUAAGCCGCCAAUUGGUACCAUGAAGGAUUUAGGGCUGAAAGAUGUUGAUCCUGUUAAUUAUUUGGUUGGGCAAGCCAAUGUGUUAGAUGACUUGGCAAUGACAUUUUUCCAGUGACUGAAGGAACAUUUCUUGGCAGUGUACCUGAUGACCCCGAAGAUUGUCAGAGUGAAAGCAAGCCUCUUAAUUUUCUUUAUUACCAUGUUCGGGAUGGAGGUGGGGACAUGAAUUUUGUGCCUGCUGCUAGAGUUAAUAAGGACCAUAACUGUUACAUGUGUGGUGUUCCUCACCAUCUCAUCAGAGACUGCGCUUUUGCUUCCUAUACAAAUCCGAUGCUUCAGACAGGAAACGCCAUGCUUACGGGAGGAUUUCCAGGCUAUCCAUCUCCUUACUGGAAUUGCAAUACAUAUUCCACAAUGAGGCCAUUUCAAAAUAUGUAUGGUAAUGCUGGAAAUGCUCCAUUUAAUGCUUGUAUGGUUCCUCCAACACCUUCUGGUCCUCCUUAUAUGCAAUCUAUGCAUGGUGGCGUGGCUUUACCCGGAGGAAUCAUGAUGAUGGGUGGUAUGGCACUUCCAGCUGGAAACAGAGAUGAUCUCCCAUUGAACCAAUAUGAGUGCAUGGGCCUCCAGCUUGAUGAAGAUAAAAGGAGAAUUCAGCAUGAAAAAAUGAGAAGAGAGCAAUAUUUUGAAGCUGAGUCUAACUUUAAGGAGCCUUGCCCAAAAAAUGAUCGAGGAGCAUCAGGAAAGGUCCAUAAGGAGAGGGAACCAAGCACAAGUUGUUCUGGUGAUGGCUUUGCUUGAAAAACACACAGAAAGCACCUCCGUGUUGAGAAAAGAAGGGAGAGAAGUCCUCAGGCCUCAUCUGAUUAUAGAGAUAAGGUGCGUCAUCACUCUGACAGGUCUAAUUCUGUCACUGAUGGUUUUCCUAGUAGUUCUGAUAGGCGUAGGAGAGAAAUUCAUCAACACCAUAGUCGGGACUCAAGAAAGGACCAUGAAUGUGAUUCUACUUUGGAUCACUAUCAAGUUUCUGAUCGCAAACGUGGAGUUAAUUGUCAUGUAAGAGGCUCUCAUCAGAAACAUCACCGAAGUUCUGCACUUGAACCUAGUGCACCUGUGCAUCAGAAAGCACGAUCUAAGGAGAGCUGUUUGGGGCAUGACGCAAGGAACUCCAGGCACCAUGAAAGACACUCCAUCGAUGAGGUACGUGACAACAAGAAAUGGAUGAGCAGCGGCUCUUAUAAAGAUUGCAGAGACAGUUAUCAUCACAAGCGAAAAAGAGUCCAUUGAGAGUAAUGAACAUGACUCAUGAGGUAAACUUGUAAAUGAAGUUGUUCAGAAAUCAGUGUAGGUGAUCAACCAGGUUCCUGUUUCCUCUUGAAUAGGUACCUUGUAUUAACUUGGUCUUGUUGUAGCUUUGGUAUAUGGUCUUUUAUGUCCUUAUGGAAAUAUAUAGGUCCCUACAACUUGUAAAAGACGUAGGUGUUUCAGGAUCUAAUUUGCAAUAUCUGUUGGCUUUGUUGGUACAGAUCUGUAGAGUGGUCAGCUUUUGGACAGUAACAUCAUGACUUAACUUUUGUUCAUUUUCCUAACUAAUCCUCUUCACUUCUUUAGUGUGAGGUCUGGAUGCUAGACAAGGUUUUAACCAGAAGCCAUCUGGUUACAAAUUAA